AUUAAAUGGCAAAAUAAUGUGUCACUGUAAUCAACGUUUUGGCACCUAGGAACGUUGCAUAAAUUAAAAAUGCUGUAUGUAAACAGAGUUUGCAGAAAUUAAUCCAUGCUUUAUUUACCUGUAGAGUUGACAAUUGCAAUACCAUUCUUUCUUGUCUUUCUCUGCUCUUUAGCACAUUGAAUCACAGUAGUGUAAAAUGUGCUAUAUAAAUGAUAUUGAUUGAGUGAUUAACCAUCCUCUGCAGAGACGUGACAGAGCUCCUUGGGGGUGAGAAUUAUGUGUCAUGCUCAGUUGUGUUGCCUGCUCUCCGCCACCUGACCCGCACCAUGAAGGCCUCAGAUGAUGACCCAGCCUAUGUGGUGAAGUUCAAGGCUGCUUUUGAAAAGGACCUGUCUCAGCGUGAGGAUGCCCUAAAUUACAGAUUUCUACAAGUGGCUACAGCACUCGACCCUCGCUUUAAGGACCUAAAGUGUCUACCAAGAGGAGAGCGAGGAGAGGUGUGGACCAGCAUUGAGGCACUGGUGCAACAACAACCAGGCAGAGCCACUCCGGAACGCACAGAGGAGCCAGCAAGGAAGAGGAGCCUCCUGCUGUAUAACUCCGACUCUGACUCAGAGGAUGAAGAUGGGCCCAAAGGAGCCUUGGCCCGCUACAAGGCAGAGCCUACCAUCAGUGAGAGAGACUGCCCACUGCAGUGGUGGUCCACUCAUGAGAGAGCCCAUCCACAGCUCUCUGUCCUGGCCCGCAAGUAUCUAGGCAGCCCUGCCACUUCGGUACCCUGCGAAAGAUUAUUCUCCCUGGCAGGUAAUAUAGUUCAAAAGAAGAGGGCAGCCCUGAGCUCCGAAAAUGUGAACAGGCUAGUAUGUCUCAGCAACUGGCUGAAAGAGAGGAAGUAAUCAGUUAAAUGUGUAUCCUGAGGCCAGUUGGCCAGUUGUGUUUCAAAUGGGGAAAAUUGGAGGUCAAUCACUGUCACUUUAUGUUGAACUGAACUGUCUGAAUGGCCAAUGUUAUAAAGAGUUGGACUGAAUUUCUGACUUAUUUUUUGUAAACAGUUGAACUGUUGAUAAAUCCACGAAUUGUGUUAAAGCCUCAGAGGCUUUUUGUUCUGAAUGUACUUGAGAGUAUUGCAUUUUUGCAUUUAAAAAGCAGUAUUAAGCUCUACCUAUACCUAUAGAGCUACCUGAAUUUCUGAGUUUAGCGUUCCUAAAUAUGUUGAACUUUAAAAUUUUAAAAUUUUAUUUAAAAAAAAUAAACAAACAAUAUUUUGUUUAUUAAGCUUAUGUGUUGUCAUUCAAAAUCCAUGUGGAAAAAGUUA